CAAACACUUUCCCUCAAUGCCUUAGCGGACACGCGCCUAGGAAUCGAUGCGCACUAUUAUUUGAAACAACUCGCUGAAAAUCCGCCCUCUCGCGAACCACUGCUUGCCGCGACAGGUGGUCUCCCGCUGGCGCUAACGACCCGUAUCGAAACCGAUCUCCGCACCCUCGAAAAACUUCGCAUUAAACCCGUCUUCGUCUUCCCUGGCCUUCUCCCUGCAAAACGCUGGAGGCAGCAGCAUCAUGUUGAUUGGGAGGAGGCAUGUAAAGCAAGGAGAGAUGCCUGGUCCAAGUAUGAAGCCGGUCAGGAGGAAGCAGCUAGUAAACUCUUCGAGGGACGUAGUGGACUUCAACCAUGGGAUCUGUGGCGCAUGGUCCUCAGAAUCUUUAGGCAUCGCAAUGUCGAGUUUCUCGUCGCACCCUAUGUGGGCUGGGCUCAGCUCAUUUAUCUCCAAAGGCAUCCAAAAUCCUACAUCCAUGCCAUUUUCGGACCCACAGAUACGCUUCUCUACCCUAGCGUCGACAAGUUGAUCACCUCUCUUGAUCUAACUGCUGCAGCGCCUACGUUCACUUUCGCGUCAAAACGUUCCAUCUUAAAUGACCUUGGGGUGACCGAGGAUCAAUUUCUCGACAUAGGUAUCCUAGUUGGAUUUGAGUAUGCAGCUCCUUUUCCUCCCAGCAUGCACGAACAGGGGUUCAGAGCUACCGUCGACAUGGUGAAACACUGGAAAUCAGGUUUCGCAGCGGUGACCGCCUACACCGAGCAUCCCAGCAUGAAGCCCGUGCAGUACCCGGACCAAUACGCGCGUACGCGUUCGAUGAUCAAAUAUUCCCUCGUAUUAUCCUCCGAAGGGACGGUCGUCCCGCUUCCUCUCGCUAUCACCAACAAUCCACCCUCCCUCGGCCCCAACCAUCAUCCACAUCACCCAACUGCGGCAGAUAUACCUGCGGACCUUCACGAGAUAUUCACCAACCGUCUUCCGGACGAGGUCUACUUUUACCUCUCACGCGGACUCAUGGGACCUCAGGCGCUCGUUUGGCUUACUAGCGGACAGAUUGUAGAACCGCCUCCACUAGACAACGGGGAAACGACCGAAUAUAGGCGCUUCGUGAAAGAGGUUAUCACAGACGGUCAGACGGUGUCGGGAAACUUUUGGUUUGAAGUACCUCAUACUGCGAAAGCUAUCCAGCUUAGUUCGCCGCAGACCGUGCAACUUGCCGAAAGAGUCUCCGGAUGGAACGUGGGUUACGCGAUCGUAGAAGAGGAGCUUAGACGACAGAACUCUUCUACGAUUGACUUUGCCCUGUGUUUGGGUGCGACAGCAACGGAAAAACUGGCGGCACGGACCAAGGGAAAGUCCCUUUCCAGCGGACAGUUGGAUAAAAAAGAUGAGUUGGUGGCCAACGUAAUAUGGCGAUUCCUUGAACUGAGAGGGUUCCUCCUCAAUUCUCACCUGCACUCACCCUUGGCAAGAGCCAUGUACACAGCAAUCAAACACGCACGGCUGAAUGACAAGUUCCAAGAGCCACUCUACUUAUUCUUGGAACUUGUGAGGGCAGGGGUAAUGCACGGCCACUUAUGGUCGGGCCGAGCAUUCAGUGGUGGGCCGAGUUUCGGUACCGAUGAUGAGAAAUCAUGUAUGUUGUUGGUCAUGAGAGUGCUAAGUAUUGUGCCUUUGAACUUCAAGCCCCAACCUUGGUCCGCCCCGUUAUCACGCGAACUACUCGUCUUCAACUCCUUCGUGCGAUCCCUGAUACGUGCACUGCGUACACUGCUGGAAAUGACGACGUUGAACAUGUUGUUACGCCAAGAAGCGCGCAAGGCAAGGGACGAUUUGUUGGACAUUGCGAUAUCGCUUCCUUUCCAGAAUGAAGUGAACACGGGCUUUGGGGUGCUCGCCAAGGUAUACUUGGAUGCUCUGACACAUUUGAAUAACCAGACGCGGGUACAAGAUCCCAUGGCAGAGGGAGUACAAGAGUAUAAGCAAGUGGCAUUGGAUAUCUGUGAAGACACGUUUCCGGGCGUGAAGUCGCCUAAAUCGGAAGUGGAACGAGGAUUCCGGUUCUGGGAUGUGGUAAGUUUGUUUCGUUUCGUUCUUCGGCGCGUGUGGGUGUAG